AUGAUAAAAUACUGCGUCGAGCAGAAUCCACCACAUCAUCUGUGCUUUCAUUGGCAAUGUGAAUAUGAUGAUUACAACGUGUCGAAGAAAUUUGAUGAAAGGAAGAGGAAUAAAUAUAUCAAUGGUACUGAAGAAGCUUCGGAUUUUCUGAUAUCAACAAAUAAUGAAUCUGUCGUACCUACAACUCUUACCAAACUUCCAUAUUUUCUUCGUCGAGGUACUCUACCGUUAUCCGGUAUUGACAUGCGAAAUACUGAUCAUGAAGAUCGUGUCCUGGAUCCAAUUCGACAAUUCGCUCUUAUCACUGUACCAAAUUAUUACUUGCUAUGUGUGACCAUCAUCACAAUACUUUCCAGCAUUGAUUUUUAG